AUGAUCACUUACGCCCCCAAGACUUUCUCCCUCAAACGUCUCACUGGUCUCUGUCGACAGAAUCUUGUCAGCAACGGCUUAUCUACCACUGUCCCUUCUCGAGCGGUUGCCCCAAUGGCUCGUAAUCUUGCCGAUGAUAUGGAUAAAUCGGGCAGGACUGUGAUAACGAUCAACACCCGACCGCAGUGGACUGAAGCGAGAAUUCGGAAUAAGAUUGAGAGGGCGAGGAUGGCUGAGCUGAGGAGGCACGGGCUGGCUUAG